AUGAAUAUAACAACUGAGAGAUUUCUCUCAAAAUGCCACUCCACAAAAGUGAGUUUUUUUUUUAAAUUUUCGGACAACUUACUAGAAAAUGCAUAAAACAAGGAAGUUAUCGGAUUUUAAGGGCUAUUGUAGAAUCUCUGAGGAUCCAAAAGAUUUGGAUGUUGCUGACGCUAUCCUCUUCCACAACGCCGACUUCUCCCCCGAAAAAGUUGGUUCUGAAUCUGAGUCAAGAAGCUCAAGUUUUCCAGGUACCCAUGCCGCGAUUACGGAAUCGGCCGCACGUCAUUUGGAGUCUCGAAAGUCCGGCUCACGACUCUUUUCGUCCUCUCAAAGGUCCAUUGAUUAUUCGAAAGUUGAUGUUUCCAUUCGAAUACAUCUUCCAGACGUCAUUAAUUGGACGAUGACAUAUCGUCUUGAUGCCGAUAUUUGGUAUCCAUAUGGCCACUUCGUUCGUCGUAAAUCGCGUAAGAAAAAUUGUAGCUUCGAAAAAAAUUCCCUUUUCCAGCGCAGCAAGUUGACUACGAAGCGAUUUGGGCGGCAAAAGAUCAAACAAAAAUAGCGACUUGGCUCGCUUCCAAUUGUUUCUCUCAAAAUCGCCGGUUCGAUCUCAUAAAGAAGCUCAUUGACAAGGGUUUACCGGUGUGUUGCAACGUUUCGGAAUGUGGAAAACUUUGUCAAGUAUUUUAGCUGGACAGCUGGGGAAGGUGUGGAAAAAAGCCUCCGAAUUGCAAAGGAAUCAGCAACCAGGGAAGUCCGUGUGUUGUGGACUUAAUUAGGUGCAAGUUUUCAAAAAAAAAAUUUUUGAAGGCCUCUUACAGACCAUAUAAGUUUUACAUGUCGGUCGAAAACUCAAAUUGUCUGAACUAUGUGACGGAAAAGUUUUACGAGACGUUGCGAUCGCGAAUGGCCGUCCCGAUCGUCUUGUCGAGGAAGUUCUACCGCCAACUUGGGGUUUGCUUUUCUCUGCUGUUUCUAGUUUGAUCUGAAGUGGUUAAUUCACUAAAUAAUAAUCUAGGUUCUUCAAUUCAUCGUACCGACAGGAUAUAUCUUUGAAUGGGAAGAGAGAAAAGUCCUUUCAGGCCCCCGACGACGCCUUCAUAGCAAUCGACGACUUCAAAAGUUUAGACGAACUAAUUUUUCAUGUGAAGAAGGUUGCGGCCGACAAGGAACUCUACCUGAAAUAUCACAAAUGGCGCGAAACCCAUGAGUUUGCCAGUAAACACAAAUAGAAGAGUCGUAGUUGAUCUUUCAGGGUGAAGCCGGAGCACGACGACACGACAGGCUUCUGCGAGCUGUGCCGACGUCUCCAGAACUCGGACCUCGGCAGCAAGUCCUACGCGGACCUCGCCUGGUGGCACGGCAAGCACAACUGCAACCAGUUCAUUGCCGACCGUUUUCUCGGACCGCCGACUGGAUAA